AUGGUCACGAAGAACUUAACAAAGCGGGAAUGGAAAGCAGACCCGCGCGGAGUUGCAGCCGUGAAGAAGGAGGCAGAAGGGUUACGUUCUAACGGAACGUGGGAUGAUUUGACAGUCUGUCUUUUGUCUUCCUUGCGUGCCGAUGCAAAACGGCAAAACCGUAAACUCAAAAUUGCAGAGCUUCUCACAUUAUGUGGGAUAAAACAUUUCGAACUCCCUGAGCAUGAACACAAGUUCAAAGGGAGAAUCGUGUACAGGGGGGACUGCAUUUUUGACCAGUUCGGAAACCAUGUUCUUUUUGAAGACGUGGCUACCACACCAACUUCCUUGGUUGCCCUUAACAUCGCAUUGUUUUUCGGCUGCCAAGAUGGAAACGCAGUGAGCCUUGCAGAUGCCAUUCAGGCAUUUCUUCAAGCUGACCUCGCUGAGGCAGGAGAGCCCGACACAUGGGUUAUCCUCCCCGAGGAGCUGUGGUUGGACACAUGGCACAAAGCGUACCCAUCAGGGUCGAAGUUGGUGGUAAGGUUGAAGCGAAGCUUAUAUGGCCAUCCGCUUGCUGGCAAACUAUGGCAGAAACACCUAGCCUCUGUUCUCACUUCCUUUGGUGGCAUUGAGAUGGAUUUGUUUCCUUCAAACUUCAUCUUUCAAAUGGGUUCCCAUACCCUGCUACUUAACGUGUAUGUAGAUGACCUAACGUUGUCGGGAGCAAAGCAUCUUCAUGCACAGUUUUGGAAAAGGCUGAGAGCGCAUAUCAAGCUGGAAGACGAAUGUUACAUCGAAGCCUCGAAUGCACGGAUCCUUGGCAGAGGUCACCGAAUCCAACGAGGCAGUGACUUCACAACUCUUGUGCUUGAUAUGUCUGCUUUCGCAGAGCAGGUCGUCGAGGCGUACUGCGAGCUUGCUGAUGUCCCAAAGGCAAAGCUCCGUAACGUCACAACCCCAAGUUUGUCCGAGGCGUUAAUGUCAGAUGAGGACCUGCAGCAACCCGGCACACUGAGCCAUGUAGCUGCAAAGGUACUUAUGAAAGCACUUUGGCUGGGUCGGUUGGCUCGCCCUGAUCUGUGUUUCAUAAUCGGUCGGUUAGCGUCACGAGUGGCCGCGUGGACUAAAUGGGAAGACAAGCAGUUACUUCGCCUGAUUUCGUAUCUUCACGGUACAACAGGCUUAUGUUUAGCUGCUACUGUGAACCAUCACGAAGCUCCCCAGAUCCACAUCUUCACUGACAGUGAUUUCGCCUCUUGUCCGCAUAGUGCAAAAUCGACGAGCGGGAUCUACAUGACUAUAGGGUCAACAGAUUUCCGCUUUCCGCUGUGGUGGGCAUCUAAGAAACAGACGAGUGUUGCAAGAAGCACUCCCGAGGCUGAGGCCAUAGCAAUGGCUUCCGCCAUGUUUGGUGAGGCCUUGAACAUUCAGGUCAUGAUGGAGCAUCUCCUCGGUCGUGCUAUCGACGUCGUAUUCCAUCAAGACAACGAGACCUUGCUCAAAGUCCUGGCUACAGGCUAUUCGGCGAAGCUGAGACACUGCAAUCGAGUCCACAGGGUCAACAUUGCAUCAAUGUCUGAACAGCUAGAGUCGCCACAAGUCACUGCCGUGUACUGCAAGAGCGAAUCUCAGAUAGCUAAUGGCCUAACAAAAGUCAUUCCACCUGCAGAAUGGCCACAUACUCUCGCACAGUUUGGCUUGACAGCAUCCAGCGAUGGACCCCACCUGGAAACUGCCGUCGCCGCACUUGCAGAGGCAAAUCUUGCCGCAGAAGUCUUCGCAGGCAGUUGCCCAAAGGGCACUCGCUUGGUGAGCCUCAUCAGUGUUGCAGUACGCAGCUCUGAGUGGCGUUGGGACUGGCUUGGCAGCGUGCUAGUCCUGAUCGUGAAUAAUCUGGUCGUUCGGCACGACUAUCAACUGACUCUGUACACCAAGGUGCUGCCACAGAAGUUGCAAAAACCUUUCCAGCUGGGCUGCUAUGCCAUGAUCCAUCGCCACGCGCGUGUCUCCUGCGGCUACCACCGCUUCGUUUGCUUUACCGCCUAUCUUCCGGCUCGUCUGGGUGAAAGAGCAAGCGUUUCACCUGGGUACGAUUUCUGA